UCUACAGUGUAGCGAGAGUCCAGUUCUCGUGUCGGCGGUUGAGACGCGAUUAGUCGCGUAGUUUUGCGAAAAAUAAUGUUAAGACUUUGGACUAGAAGCUCAACACGGAGUUCAGCGACCGGUUUAAACAAUCGCAAGUCUUAUUUUUAUCAGUCAAGAGAAUGUAGCCGUCAUUCGAGGAUCCUGGGUAAAUUAAUUUCGUAGUUGCAUACAGAGAGAGACCGUACUUUACCAAGUACGAACUAGCUAACUGGCUAAUACAUUGCGCAUCACUGUGAGCUUAGCUGCGGAGGCUAGCGGUGAGCGCUCACGUUUUGCCAGAGUAAUUGGUAGUAAUAAACGCUAAACAACAAAGCAACUGGUAGAGCCAAACAUAAUGGUAUGGGUCAAAGGGAUAUCACAGCGUUCGAGGCGUCCAUGAAAAGAAAAAAAGGAAUCCCCGCCGUCUCUAUGUGUCGACUGGAUGUGGAGUCCGCUGUUGUGAAGAAGGAAGUUGAGCCCGGCGGACGAGAUGAUGCCCUUUCCUCGUCAAGAUAUCUGUUGGGCCGGGGGGUGAAACGUAAGCUGAGCACAUGUGAGGACCCAGCGCAAGACUUGCCAUAUCCUCAGCAGAGGCAGUUGGUGCUGGACUUGUGUCUAGACAAACUACAAAGCUGCCAGCGGCGAGCCGAACCCAGCCUGCACCGUUCGGUCCUGCUGGCCAACACCCUCCGCCAGAUUCAGCAGGAGAUGAAACAGGAGGGGGAAACCUGUUUUCCACCAGCCACUCUCGGGCCCUCACUCCCUCACAUCCAGACCCCACGUCACUUCCCAGAGCUGCCACCCGUGCCCUUAGACUGUCCUGCACCUAUAACCGGUGCCCUGUCCCCUUCGUUUCCCCUUAUGACAGCUGAUGAAGAGGAGGUCCAGUUGGGUGGCACUGAAAAUGAGACUCUUUUGCCAUCCUUUGCUGGUGAAAACAACACAAAGUCGUCAGAUUCACUUUUUGGCUCAUUUGAGAUUACAAACUCCACCAGCUACUUAACAGACUUGCCAUUAGAUGACAUCUUUGAGGACAUCGACACAUCCAUGUAUGACUCCUCUGACAUUUCUGUUCUGGCGGUUCCUGCGCAGAGAAGCGGCACGUUGGAUGAUGGCCUCAAGAGCCUUUCCAGCUGCACCUCCAACAGCAGCCUACAGCUCUGUCUCUCAGACCUCAAUGACCUGGACCACAUCAUGGAGAUCCUGGUGCGCUCCUGAGCCCCAGCUCGUAACACAGUAUCCUCGUUCAGCCAUCCCGAUGUUUUCUUUGGGAAAUGAGUAAUACAAUGUGUUUUUCUUUUAAAAAAAACAAAACAAAUAUUUUAUCUAUUUUUUUAUACAAAGGACUGAUAUAUUUAUAUAAAUCUAUAUUAAAUGGAAAAACUGCCUGACACACUCUCACUGUAGGAUAAAUGCACAUUUUUAAGACUCUUCAGAUGGUCGAGCUGAUGCUGCCAUCCUUCAUAUUUAGGCAAAUCAAGAUAUGAAUAUGCAGGGACUUGGAAAUCAAAAACAAAGUAUUACCAUUGACGCUUAUUUAUAAUGGACUCGGAUGUAUUAAAAAGGAGGAUGGCAUUGAAGAAAAGUGGACGUGAUGGACGCAUCGUAGCUUUUGAUGAGCUAAAUAACUUUUUUUGGUGAUCUCCACUGUAUUCUGAAGCAUUACAUUUACUGUCAGUAAUUACGAUUAUCAGAUCAUGUCACGCACAUGCAGCACUCACACUACCUCUCAAGAUACCAAGAGCUCUUUCUCUAUACAAAGACUGUCGUUGUUACAACUAUAUUGUAAUGGUUUCUCUCCAAUAACUUUCAAAAAAAACAAAACAAACAAAAAAACGCUGAUUGUUUUAUAUACGGGAAAGCCUCUCCUCAAGUGGUAGAACUCAGUCCAAAGCUAUAGCUGUAGAAGAAACGCUUUUGUCUCGAUCUUUCUAUUUAAAAACGUUCUUUCCGCAACAUUUCUGAUUCGUUUGGUUUCAGAAUGAUCUGUCGCUUGUGUAAAAAAACUGAUUAUAUUUUUUGGAAUCGCUUGGACUUUAAUGCUAUUUCUACUUUUCACGUACAUGAUUGUCAGACACACAGCCACCGUCGAAUCCCUCGUAUGAACAUAGUGCCUACAACGGAGAAUGAAGACUGCCGACGAUGAACUGCACACUGUGGACCUGCACAUAGACUUGCCUGAGUUUCCUGCUCUACGCCCUACAUGGGUCGUUUGCCACUUUUCGAGCACUCAGCACGAUCCUCUGUCCUCUAAAAAAGCCAUUACCCAAAUGCGGGUCCACAUCUCCUUUUUACUGUCCUUCAUUGUGAUCUACACUGCUAAAUGCUGUUGUUGGAUAUCUAUGGAUGCCUCUUGCACUGUGGUCUCAAAGACCACAGUUUAUUUUGAAUGUCCAAGCUUACGUCUCACCUGCUUACUUUUCAUGAGUUUAAGGCCUGUAAUAACUUGGGUUUUUAGACACUGCUGAAACGCAAAUUGCUAGAGUGUUCAUUUUUCAGCUGUAUUGAACAUCAAGUUGCUGCAAUUGUAUUCGAAAAGAGCCACGAGCUGCGGUCUGCAUUAAGACAGAGCAGAGACAAGGGGGAGGGGAAGAACUAGAGAGCGAGAUUAAGGGGGGAGUUAAAGCAAACAGCUCCUGUCACGUGGAGAGCCCUGCUAGUGCUGAACUCUACAUUGAGAGUUUGACAACAGCUGGUGUGUGUGUACGCUCGCAUUGGUGCACUCUCAACAAGCCCCGCCCUCAGCGAGGCCCAAGGGGCUCCGUGCUCCUCCAGACCAAUCGUUUUGAUUCAAGGGAGGAGCUUUGCUCUCUGCCUGCUUCAUAUGGAAUAGAAUAACAAGUGGAAGCAGUUUGCUCAUGGUGGAGUGUCUUUAGACAGACAUUUACUGACUUGAUAGUCUGAAUUUGAGUUCAGUUUUAGACAUUCCAACUGAAAAACAAUGAGAUACAUAUUUAUUCAUAAUUUAUAUACUAUUUAAUAUAUGAUUUUACAUUUAAAUAGUAAUUACAAAGUUCAAGGCGGCUGUAGAGAAGGGCUUUUUGUUGUUCCGUAGAAACUGACUUGCUUGUUCCCCUUUAAACUCAGGCUCUCAGAUGCUCCGCCCUGCCUUCUUCCCCUCACAAGACACAGAAAACCAGACUCUUGCAAAGUUUACACUCAGAUUUUAGGAAAACAUGCUCAUGAAACCAGAGAGAGUGAAUGGUGAGACCAUCGGUGUUCCAACAGCAGCCGGCUUUUAAUGCCGAGAGCUGUGGAUCUGAUGAGUGUGUAGCUUUUUAAGCUUUGUAAGCUUGAUCAGUUUAUUUCUUUUGCUUUUUAUUUGUGUUGUUUGUAUAUAUAUAUUUGUAUUUAUACAUUUUCUUGUGUUUUGAUGUUUUUUUUCUUUGUUGUUGACUGAAGAUCAUGAGAUAAUAUAUUGCUUUUAUUUAAGAGUGAAAUAUGAUCCGUAGACCUCGGUCUUCAGGAGGGUGUUCUUUGUUUUUUUUUUUGAAGUGUGUGAUUUGUACUUUACCUCCUCCUCCUCCUCUUCUUCUUAGUAAUAAUGUGUACAUAGAUGAUGCAGAAUUAUGAAGAGAUGUUUUAUCUUUGAAAUUAUUUGUAAAGGUUUUAAUCUGUGCUGACUAUGAACUGAAUGGGAUCUUCUUUAUGGUGUGUUCACUUCUCUUUGGACCAGGCAGUAAUUUAGGCAGCUUUUUGUUUUGUUAAAGAGGUUGAAUACAUCAAGGAGUGCUUGCAAUUGUCAUCCUCUUUUAAAUGUAAUGUCUCCUGCUGCUUGAAUUUCAGUCUCUCAAUGUUCCACAAUAAUCCACCCCAGGAUUUUAACUAAUGUUCAUUAUGAUUUAGUCUGUGCAUGGAUUUCAGUGAUGCACAGAGCAGCAGUGAAAAGUGCUUUACAUUUACAAUGUAAACUUGUGAACAUCUUUACUCUGAUAACGUACGGUACGUUUGACGUACCGUUUGCACAGCGAAUAGCGUAAGCAGCACGGGUUUGUAUUAUCAUGGUCCUUCUCAAAGUUGCUUGGUUGUAAGGCACAAAAGAGCAAGCUUUAAACAUCACUUCAUCAUGUUAAUUUGGCAAUUAUUUAUUUUUAAGCAAACUUUAUUUUAAUUAUCCUGAUAAAAUUGUAAUAUCAGAAACCUCAAUGUCACUUUGUCCCAAGUGCAAUAUGAAAAUAUGAACAUAAAGCGCUGUCUUGCCUAAUUGCAAAUGACACUAUGUAGUGAGCCUAUAUAACUUUGAAUGAGUACAUGGCUAGAUGUUUUUUGUUUUGUUGUUUUUGCUAUUAAUGACCUUUUCUUCUCCCAGAAACUGUCCCUUGAGCUGUUGCUCUGUUUUUGACCAGAUUUGAUGAGGUCUGUAAAUAAUAAAGCAUUUUCUUUUGCAGUCAUAUUCUAUGCAAUACGUUGUAGCAGGUCAGUAUGUCAAAUAAAAGAAAAAUGGAAAUAGAAA